AAUUGCUUAUAGAUACAACCAAAACAGUACAUCCUUAAUAAUACAACACUUCAUAAUAAAUAAAUAUCAAAUAGCUCGAAAUUAAUGACGUUUGUUUUGUUUGUUUUAGGAACAAUAAUGAAAUAAAAUAAUCCAAAUUCAAAAUGAACUAUUGGGGUGUUGUUGUGAUCCCGAUUUUAAUCAUUUUAGAAUUUUCAAGGAAUACUUGGGGUAAGAUUAUACCCUACAUAUCUUAGCUCUCAACUGAUAUUUAAUACAUAUAAUGUUUAUAAUGCAUGUUUUUUUGUGUUAUUUAAAGUUCUAAUUAUGGUUUAUAUAAAAUAUGAUGUAUAAUUAAACUGUUAUAAUUAUUGUUCUAGCAAUUGGAAUAUAUUUUACACGUUCACCUGAAUCAUUGGUAGCACCGCUACAUGAUGAGGUAGUGUUUGAUUGCACUUUGAAUAUUGAUGUAGACAACAUAUCAUGGCGUCACAAUUCUGAGGAUUUGUCACACACAGUUCAUAUAAACACUAAUAGUAGACUCGUUGUAAAAGUAGCGAGUAUAGCCGAAACUGGUGAUUAUCAAUGUAUAGCUGUUAUUGGGGCAUCCUCUUUGGCAUCAACUGCUGCCACAUUGAGCUUGGCCACUCUAAAAGAAUUUGAUAAUCGGCUACUACCAAAUGAAGAAACAUUUGUAAUCCCUCCGGGGAAUACAAUUGCUCUUAAUUGCGGAAAGCCCAUGCAAAGUGAUCCCCCUGCAUUAAUUCAGUAUUAUAAAAAUAAUCAAGCAUUACCGAGAACUACCCCAGUGUCUUCAACUGGAUCAGUGUUACUGAAAAAUGUCCAAUCUGAAAACAUCGGGCAUUAUACAUGUUCGGCAACCAAUAAUAUUGUGUAUCAAGUAGUAAAGUCACCCAUGUCUAUAUACUUAGAUGUUCGGUCAAGUAAUGUUGCACUAUCUCCAAGGUUUAUAAGUAAACCUUCAUCUGUAUAUAUUGCACAAAAAAGUAAAUAUACAAUUAAAUAUUAAUUUAAAAAAUACUAAAUACAAUGUAUUCCGUUUAAUGUGAGGAGCCGCUUAAUGGACAUAAUGGUUAGGUCCCGAUUCUAAUGUAUAAUGAUGCUUAUUUGGGUUAAAACGGGCAACCGUUUAAUGUAGGCAAAUGUAACUGGUCCCAGCAUGCUCACAUUAACCAAAUUUUACUGUAUAUAUAUUUUUUAAAAUUGAGUUUUAUUUUAUUAAAUGUAUUAAAUUAGUAUGUCAGUAUUUUGAAAACUGUAUUAUAAUACAAAUUUGUUUCUAAAUUAAUAUAUUUAUUGUAGGUACAAAUGUCAGUAUUGAAUGUGCGCCAUAUGGUGAACCUGUACCUAUAGUUCAUUGGGUUGGAAUUCACAAGAAUAUACUAGCAAAUGACAAUAAAACUAAUAUAGAACCUGGUAUGUUGACCAUACGUAACCUUAGUAUUGAAGAUUCUGGUGUAUAUUGGUGUAUCGCAGAAAAUAGUUAUGGGAAAAUCAAUCAUUCUAUUACACUUCAAGUUCAAGGUAAAAAAAGUCAAUGUUAAAUAUUAAUUUCAGAAUAUUUCAGACAUUUUAAUUUCACAUAUGUAUUUAAAUUUAUCUCAUAUUUUUGUCUAUUCAUUAUAGAGCUACCCUAUGUGAAAAAUGGUCCAAGUGAAUCUGUUAUGAUAGAUGAAGGGAGUUCAGAGACAUUAAAAUGUGAAGCUAUGGGAACGCCAACUCCAAAACUUAUUUGGUAUCUUAAUGGAAGACCAGUUAAUGAUUCAAAUAUAGUCACUAAAGGUUAAUAUUAAUGACUAAACAAUAAUGUUAAAUUUUUUGAAAUUUCAUAAAAUAUAUUAUAAUUAUUUUUCGUAGGAGGUGUUUUGACUAUAAAUAACACUCAAAAAUACCAUGCAGGAUUUGUGCAAUGUUUUGCGUGCAAUAUUUUAGGAUGCUCAUAUUGGGCAUCUAUGAUUCAAGUUAAUCCAAAACAAAUUACACAACUUACUUCUCAACAACAUUAUUAUGAAGGUGUGUACCAUAAAUUGUAUUCUUAAAAAUAUUUUAUUUAAUGCAUACUUAAAUGGAUACUUGAUUAGGGAAUUUUAUUUAUUUUUUCUAUUAUCAAUUACACUUAUAGUAUAGUAGAUAAUUAAUUUAUAUACAAUUUACAUAAUAUUAUAUUUGUUUUUACUGAUUGUCAAAUGAUGGUAAUAAGAUAAAGUAUACAAGUUAGGUUAUUAUUUGUUCUAUUAAGAAUAUAAAAUAAUAAUAAUAAUAUGUUUUUAAAUAGAUUCUACAACACGGCCUCCUCAGCGAGACAGAAAAGAUAGAAAUCAUAAAGGAAAAGGACGAAAGAAAGAUAAAAAAAAGAAAGGAAACGGUAAGUUUAAAAAGGAAAAAAUUGUAUUUAUGUUUUAAAUUAUUCAUUAUUUUCAAUAUUUUAUAGAAAUGGUCCCUCCUUCACAACCGAAUGUAACUCGCUUAACUGAAAAUUCAGUAAUGGUACGGUGGAAUGUUCCACCGAAUGAUGGACUACAAAUUCGAUUUUUUAAAUUGCAAUACAAAGAAGUUGGUAGUACUAGUUGGAAUACUAGCAGUGAUGAUAUACAAAUGUAUAUUCGAUGUUAUCAAGUGGACAAGUUAUCGCCCGAUCAUGACUAUGUGUAUGUUUUAAAUGUUCAAACGUUUUAACAAAUAAUUAAUAACAUAUAACUGUAGUUUAAGAUAAAUCAGUUAAUGAAUAUUUUCUAUUUUCUAAGUAAAUUUUUUUAAUCAAUUCUAUUGCCAAAAAGUACAGUGAUUUAUCAACUAUUAUUUAAACUGUCAUUUGUGUUUAGUGCUCGAGUAAAUGUAAUACAAAAUUUACUACACUAACAACUUUUGAAGGGUUGUGUAUAGAAUAUUUUAAUCAAAUUUUUGAAAAAAUAAACAUAUUUAGUAAUUUCAAAUAAAUUCAAAAGUAGUUCUGUGUUUUAUCAUAAGUAUUUAUUGCAAACUCAUGAAAUUUGAAUAAAACUCACAUAUAACAUUUAUUUCAUGCAAACAUAAAAUACAUAAACUACAAUUAAAAUAAAUACAUGCAGUUUUCACUUUAUACUGAGAGCAUAAUUUGUCAUAAAAUGAUUUUUUUUUUUUUUAAACAAGACUUAAUGUUAUUUUAUAAUCCUUUUUAAUAUCUAAAAUGAUGAUAGCAUUCAUGUUAAUAUAAUUUUUAUUGUCAAUGUGAUUUGUAUGAACAUUAUUGCAUUGGCUAAUAUUUUAAUAAUUAUUAGUAACUAUAUACUCUAAGUUGUAUGUAUUCAUUGGAGAGUUUUACAUUUCUUGGUUUCAAGUAUAGUAUUUCAAUUCCAUUUAAAAAUGUUACAUAAUAUUGUUAAUGAUUAGAUAAUAUUUUUUAAUGGCAUACGUAUAAUGUAUGUUUCAGAUUUAGGGUAGCUGCAGUGUAUUCAAAUGAUGAUAAUAAAUCUGGUCCAACUUCUAAUCAUUUUUAUUUGAGUAGAGGACCUCCAAAUAGAUCUUUGAUUCCUCCUACUUUGGUAUCAGCCAAAGCCGUUAAUACCACUUCAAUAUUAUUGGAAUGGGAGGUGUGUAAUAUUUUUAUUGAAAUUAAUAUUAAUAGGUAUUGCAUAUGUUCAUAAUUAAAUCACAUGGUUUAUUUUUUAGUACUUGAAUUCUGUACUUGCUCCAGUUCAAGGGUUUUAUGUCUAUUACCGAGCUACUAGCACUGCUGGAGAUUAUACCAAAGCAAUUGUCGAUGGACAAGAUGCCCGUACAUUUGUCGUCUCACAUUUAUUUCCAGAUACUUCGUACGAUUUAAAGUUACAAAGUUUUACUGUACAUGAAGCCUCUAAUUUUAGUGCCAUACUCACCCACAAAACAUUUGGUAUGUAGUUUUAAUAAUUUAGAUUUAAAAUAUACAAUAAUUGGUUUUUCAGGAUCAUUAGUAUAAAUAUAAAUACAAUUUUAAUUUUUAGGAGAACCUAAAACUAGUACAGAUACUCCAAAAUGGACUGAUAAUGCAGCGGAUGGUGGGGCAAAUAAUAAUAAUGCAUACUCAACAAUUGGUGGUGUGAGAUCGCUUUAUGUAUUGUUAGGCGCAGUUGCAUUUGUAAUUGGAGCCAUUGUCUUACUAAUAUUUUUUACUGUAUGCAUGUACAGUAAACGAUCAACAACAAAUACAAAUCCCCCAGGUAAAUAUAUUUUAUUUGUAUGAUUUCUUCUAAAUAGUUUUUAACAGUUCAUUUGAUAACAUAUUAAUAAUAUUUAUAUUAAAAGUCAGUAAUUGUAAAAAGUUAUUGUCAUUUUUUAUUGAAUUUUUAGAGCUCAAUAAGAGUUCUGAAGCUGUGUCAGGACUAGAACCAUUAUCAAUGAAUGGAUUUGCUUUAAAGAAUGGUAAAAUGGUUAAUGGGUGUACUUUGCCAAUGGCCUCAGAAAAUUCACACGGCCAUAGUCAUGCACCCAAUGGAUACGUAAUACAUCCAAUUAACAUUACUAGUAAUCCUCUAGCUACUGAUACUAAAGUAUGUUAAUUCAUUUUAUUAAACUUGUUCAAAUUAUUAAACUAAAAGAUAUAAUUUUAUUUUUAGAACGCCAUAGAAAUAUCUUACUUGGCCAAUCAUAAUAAUAAUUGUUCAGAAAGUGAAAUGAAUGCGUUGCCUAGGCGUGCUGCUCCCAUACCAACAGAUACUCCUAGGACGUGGCGUUCUAAAGAUGCAAAAGAUGAAAACUAUGUCUAAUGCAGAUGAAUGAAAACAAUUAAGAACAAUAUGUGUUUUUCAAACAAAACAACAGUAGGUAUUAAGCUGUCAGACUGAACACACUGUUGUGUUCUUAAAAGCAAACAUUUAGCCAGAAGACGUAAAUUUACAAGACUGAAUGCAAAGUCCUGCCAAGAAAAUGCUCAUCGAUAAGAUACUUUUAUAACUAUGAAAACUCAAUUUGUUUUUUUAUUGUGUCCCAUUAUUUUAUGUAUAUACUUUUUA